AUGUCAUUACCAACCGAGCUCGUUUGGGCAAUCCUGCACCAGAUUGAGGACAUCCAGUCGCUCCAAUCAUGCUCCCUUGCCUCCUCCCACCUCCGUAUUCCAGCCCAACAAGCUCUAUUCACCGACUUCAAAAUACCUACCUUGCGAGCUGCCGCUUGCGAUGACUUUCUGCGGGACGCACCACAUAUUGUGGGCUACAUAACGAGCCUCCGCAUUGAGCUCCGUGUCAUCGAUCUGUCAUUGGAGGAUACCAAAACAUAUGGCAAGCAGCUAACACAUAUCCUCUCGCGAUUCGGGUCGGUCCGCCAAUGCUACCUUGACGGCUCAUUCGAUGUACCGACACUGCUGGUUGACAACCCCUUCAUAUUGUCGCAGCUAGAACGACUCUGUCCACAAGAACUCCACAUUCACCGACUACGCAAUAUCCCCAGCAGCCUUUUCCAGCGUUUGGCUAGAAUCGCGCCACGACUAUCAUUCUCCACCGCCUUGCUGGCUGAUCACCGUGCGUCGGAGAAGGAGUAUGACGUGGAGCAACUCAAUUUGUGGACGUUAACCGAUCCCAUUUGUCGGUUUUUCGCGAACGCCAGGUUGCCGCAGCUCGUGCGUUUGAGACUCGAUGUGAAUGCAGACAUCAAUGUGGAUGCAUUUAAGCUUGUUGAGAACUGUGCAGAGACGCUACAGAGCCUCACGUUCAUGUACUCUCCUGCUUCAGGAACCCACAUACCUCCCCGUCCCCUUCCCAUCCUCCCUACGCUACUUCAUGUGACUUUCUUCCUCCGCUUUCAAGAUCGCGGCUCGUCCUGGUUCCAAGAAACUGCCACUGCCAUUCUCUCUCCAAGUACAGCACCGUCACUUAGACACGCCACAAUCGCAUAUAUUCCGACCUACACUCCAUUCUCUUGCCCGCCCUACAUCGCGCGGGACCACCUUCUCCCUCUCCUUGACGCCGUCUUGUCCCGGCAUCCGGUCCGGCCCCGCCUCCGCUGGGUUUUAAAUCUCAUCACAGCGCACUGUCAAUGGGAGCACGCGAACGAGACCGCGUUCAAUGUAUUCGCGGAUGGGUUGAAGAUGGGUAUGCCGGUGAUGCAGCGGGAGAGGCGGUUGGAAUUCGAGAAAGUGUCAAGCAGGAAAUGA